UCAAAUAUCACUUUGAUCCAAAACUUUUGUAGCCCAUUAAUGGUCAAUCACCAUUGUUUCCAAUGGUAUAGUCCACCUGAUAAUUGGACCUACUUCAUUUUUUCUAAUGGCGCCCUAAAAUGAUCUUGAAAAACAGAUGGACGGUGUAGAUACAGAAUACAUACAUCAAGGUGGGCCCCAAGGUAAGGGCCGCACUGUCUUGGGUGAAUCGGUGGUCUCACCUAAUCCUCUCCCUUCCAGAAGGGCAUGUUCCCUCGUCUUUGACAGUUCGAAGCAUCCAAAUUUUCAAAGCACCCUUCCUCGUAUCUUCCAAGGUAAUACUUGUCUUCCCUUCCCAUCCCUAUAAAUAAAACCCUCCAAACCCCACUCCCUCAACCAAUCCACACCCUCCAUCAUGGCAAACAACUCUUCUCCAUCACCUCUCUUCUCAUCUCCAACGAUGGGCUUAGGCCUAGACAUAGCCCACCACGCCUUCUUCAAGCCCAUCGAUCAAUCCGCCCCUCCUCCCACCAAACGCCCCACCAAAGUUUCUGUCGUUGGCGCCGGCAACGUUGGCAUGGCCAUUGCUCAGACCAUCCUAACCCAAGACCUUGUAGACGAGCUUGCCCUCGUCGACGCCAAGCCCGACAAACUCCGUGGCGAGAUGCUCGAUCUCCAGCAUGCGGCUGCAUUCCUUCCACGCACCCGCAUCCUCGCUUCCGUCGACUACAACAUCACUGCUCAGUCCGACCUCUGCAUUGUCACUGCCGGAGCGCGUCAGAUACCCGGCGAGUCGCGGCUCAAUCUGCUACAGCGGAAUCUGACCCUCUUUAGGAAUAUAAUUCCUCAGCUCGUUCAUUACUCACCAGAUUCGAUACUCCUUAUCGUUUCCAACCCAGUGGAUAUUCUGACCUACGUUGCAUGGAAACUUUCUGGGCUUCCACCCAACCGAGUCAUUGGAUCAGGGACGAAUCUUGACUCGUCCAGGUUCAGGUUUCUGAUUGCGGACCAUCUGGACGUCAAUGCGCAGGACGUGCAGGCCGACAUCGUGGGGGAGCACGGCGACAGCUCGGUGGCGCUGUGGUCGAGUAUAAGCGUAGGGGGAGUGCCGAUUCUGAGCUUCCUAGAGAAGCAAGAGAUAGGCUAUGAGAAGGAGACGCUGGAGAGAAUCCACAAAGCUGUAGUCGGGUCAGCUUAUGAAGUUAUCAAGCUCAAGGGCUACACCUCGUGGGCCAUUGGCUAUUCUGUAGCGAGCCUGGUGAGAACACUACUCAGGGACCAGAGGCGGAUACACCCAGUUUCAGUCCUUGCCAAGGGCUUCUAUGGGAUCGAGAGUGGGGAGGUGUUCUUGAGCCUGCCUGUGCAGCUCGGGAGAGGUGGGGUGGUCGGUGUGACCAACGUUCACCUGAGCGAUGACGAGGUGCAGCAGCUCAGGGUUUCGGCCGAGACCAUCUUGGAGGUCCAAAACCAUCUGGGGAUAUGACCAUGAUCGUGCUUGAGAUGGGGCCUCGAGUACUAUUGAAAUUUUAGGUUGACUUUGACUCUUUACUAGACUUUCAGCAUAUUUCUUCUUCUUCUUUUUAGCUUUAAUAACGUGGAUUUUUAUGUAAGAUUUUCACAGACACGAAUAUGAGCAAUGGAAAGGAAAAUAAGAGCGUACCAAAUUCAGAUUGAAUGGUA